AUGGGAUUCGUUGCAAUAUGUACGGCCCUCUACGAUUACCAGCCCCAGGGUGCCGGUGAGCUCGAGAUCCGAGAGAACGAUCUUUUGUACAUAUUGGAAAAGAGCAGCGACGAUGAUUGGUGGAAAGCUAGGAAGAAGGCUGAUCAAGAGGACGAAGACGAGCCCGAGGGUCUGAUUCCAAACAACUACGUGGAGGAGGCGAAGCCCACGCACUCUGCACGAGCGCUCUAUGACUAUUCGCGACAGACUGACGAGGAGGUGUCGUUUACCGAGGACUCGGCUCUCGACGUCUACGACGUGUCGGACGAUGACUGGACCUUGGUUGGCGUAAAUGGAGAGUUUGGUUUCGCUCCCGCCAACUACAUUGAGCUCAGCGGCGCUGCGGCUCCUACCUCACCAACGGCAGCUUCCGCGAGACAGUCGAUCGCUUCUCUACCACCAGCAUCGGCUGAAGCGGCCGCUCCUGCAAGCCCAACGAGUCCAGUAUCUGGCCCUGCUGCCAAUCUUGCUGCUGUCCUGGGUGGCCGUGCUCCGCCUGCAGCAGCACGAAGCAUACCUUCGCCACCAGCACCUCAGCAAGAGCUCACACCCGAACCUUCCGACUCUGAGGAAGCCCGCCCACCUCUUCCGGGCAGACCGCAGUCUCAGUCUAUUCCCAGCCCGGUCCAAAUCCCGCAGCCCCCUUACGCCAACGAUGAUGCUCCAGGCGUGCUUCCCUCCCCACCUUAUAACCGAGCUGCAUCGCGAUCAGCCACAGAGGACCAUUACAGUCCUGGUGGCUAUCACCUUUACAAUAUCAAUGAGAUGGUCUCUGCUAUGGGCCGGAGGAAAAAGAUGCCAACAACACUAGGCUUAAACAUUGCUACGGGUAUAGUCAUGCUGUCUCCCGAGAAAUCGCGAGACGGGCCAUCUCAGGAAUGGACUGCUGACAAGCUUACACAUUACUCGAUCGAAGGAAAGCACGUGUUCAUGGAAUUAGUCCGUCCUAGCAAGAGUCUUGAUCUGCAUGCUGGCACAAAAGAUACGGCGGAGGAGAUCGUAGCGGCUCUGGGCGAAAUUGCUGGCGCAGUCAAGGGUGAGGGCAUCAAAGAGGUCAUGGCGGCAGCGACUGGAGGUUCUGUGCACAAGAAGGGCCAGGUUUUGUACGACUUCAUGGCCCAAGGCGACGAUGAAGUCACAGUUGCGAUCGGCGACGAUGUCAUCAUCCUGGACGACACAAAAUCAGAAGACUGGUGGAAUGUUAGAAGACUCAAGAACGGUAAGGAAGGAGUCAUGCCCAGCAGCUAUAUUGAAGUGACGGGUACCAUUGCUAUCGAUACCCCUUCCCGGACUGGAGUCAACGCCGGAAAAUCAUUAGUUGAGCAGAAUCGGCUGGAAGAAGAGCGUCUCGCUCGAGAAGCAGCCCGGGCCGACCGAGCUCGUCGUGAGGCCGAAGAGGCUAGAGCUAAGGCUGAGAUCCCAACAAGAGGCAGCAGCCUUGGUGAGGACGAUUCAAAAAGGUCCCGGAGAGACAAGCGUUCAAGCCGCAAUGACGCAAAAGCGCGGGCCAAACCCGACGGAUCCAAAGUGCGCACCUGGACGGAUCACUCCGGAUCCUUCAAGGUGGAGGCCCAAUUCAUCGGCGUGGCAGACGGGAAAAUUCAUUUGCACAAGGUCAACGGCGUCAAAAUCGCAGUCCCAGUCUCGAAAAUGUCGCCCACAGACCUUCAAUAUGUCGAAAAGGUAACCCAGGAGUCGAUUGAAGACAAUAUACCGGUGGCUGAUCUUAUCAAGAUGAAACGCAGAAGUCAAGGCGCGAGCGGCGCAUCGAUCGAACCAAAGCAAUCAGAUUAUGACUGGUUUGACUUCUUCUUGAAGGCUGGAAUCAAUCCACAUACGUGUGAGAGGUAUUCCCAAGCCAUGAUAAGAGAUUCGAUGGAUGAGAGCGUAUUAUCCGAAAUCACGCAUGAUACGCUUCGAACUCUUGGCCUGAAAGAGGGCGAUGCGCUCAAGGUCAUGAAGUACUUGAACGAAAAGUACAGGCCAGACAGGCAGAACAAUGCAAAUGGUGAAGGUGGGCUAUUCAGUGGACCUGGUGGAGCGCUGAAAGACAACAGUGGGCGAUCUCGACCCGAAGCAAAUCGGCAAGUCAGCGACAAAGUCGACGCCUCUGCAUUCAAUAAAGACCAGGACGAAAAGAAACGUCCGCCUGAAGCUCGAGAAACGCCUCUUGCAAAAGCUCCCGCUCGCGAGGCAAAGGACGGCUUCGACGAUGACGCGUGGACUGUCAAACCAUCACAGAAACCAUCUUCGCCCGCUCCUGCAGCUAUUGCAUCGCCUCCUCCACGGGCAGCUUCGGCUGGCAUGAAUGACUUGUCUCUGCUGGACAAGCCCCUUGAACCGUCACGUCCGGAGCCGAAGUCGCAGCAACCACCACCUGCCCCACCUAUGCAGCCUCAGCCUACGAUACAGGUGCCUCCUGCACAACCACAGCAGCCACAGCAGACUGGCGCUACGCCCUCCUUCUUCGCCCAACUAGGUCAGCAAUCAAGUGGAGGUAGGCAACGCCCAGCACCACCUCCACAACAGUCUUUCACCGGGUCCGCACUGUUGCCUCCACCGCAGCGGCCUACGUCCGCACCGAAUAACCCGCAACAAGGCUUUGGUCUGCAGCCACUGCAACCUCAAUUGACUGGAUUUGCCACCAGACAGGCACCCUACGGGCAAAGUCUCGAAGAACUCAACCAACAGCGCAUACAACAGCAGCAGUUCCAACAAAUGCAGCUGCAGCCUCAGCAAACAGGUUUCCAGCCACAACAAUUCAACCAAUUUCCAAAUGGACUUGGGUCUCAGCCUACUGGAUUCCAACAGCAGCAAUUUCAACAGCCUUACAUCAAUGGAAAUGCGGCGGGGAGCCCCUUCGCUGAUCCUCAACCUGGCUUUCAAAUGCAGCCUCAGCAAACAGGUUUCCAACCACAACAAUUCAGACCACAACAGACAGGAAUCAAUUCGGUACUUCCGCCUGCCCUGCAACCGCAACCUACUGGGUUCAAUCAGAUGCAACAACAACCAAAUGGCAUGAACCAGUUUUCACCCCAGCAACCCUUCCAGCAGCAGCAGCAGCAACAGCAGCAGCAGCCGCAACCGAUGCAGCCACAGAUGACGGGCUUCCAACCCCAGCUUCAACCUCAACAGACGGGCUUUGGGCAACCUCCCCAGCAGAACGGUUUCCAGAGCUUCUCUCCUCCCCCUGUGCCACCCAUUCCACAAUCAACAACGCCCGCACCGCUUGUACCUCAGAAGACGGGCCCAGCACCAGAUGUAAAGUUCGGUGCGCAACCAAAGAAACUUGCGCCUCAGCCCACAGGGCGAAGGGCGAAUCUGUCUGCUGCUACACCCUCCAACCCGUUUGGUUUCUAG